GGGCCCGGCCGUGGCCGUUGCGUUCCCCUACGGCCUCCGAGACCGCGGAGUGACCCGAGCCGAGGACUGCGCAGUCGGCCUGGGACGCGAGCGGGCUACGCCGGAUUUGCUUGCAGCGCGGAGCGAAAAAGAAGAGCCGGCAGGGCCCGUGUCUCCUGGACUCGCCUUCUGAGGAUUCGCUAAGGAAAUCACUGCGCCGCUCGUCACGGGACAGGGAGCUCCGGGCCCAGCAGCAUGGGGGAGGCCUGCAUCAAGGUCACCAAGUACUUCCUGUUCCUCUUCAACCUGCUCUUCUUCAUCCUGGGGGCCGUGAUCCUGGGCUUCGGGGUGUGGAUCCUGGCCGACCGCACCAGCUUCAUCUCCGUGUUGCAAACCUCCUACAGCUCCCUGCAGGUGGGCGCCUAUGUCUUCAUCGCCGUGGGCGCGGUCACCAUGAGCAUGGGCUUCCUGGGCUGCAUAGGCGCCAUCAACGAGGUCCGCUGCUUGCUGGGGCUGUACUUCGCCUUCCUGCUGCUUAUCCUCGUUGCCCAGGUGGUGGCCGGGACCCUCUUCUACUUCAACGUGGGCAAGCUGAAGGAGGAGAUGGGCACCGUGGUGUCGGGUCUCAUCCAGAACUACAACGCCAGCAGCGGGGACGGCCUGCAGGAGGCCUGGGACUACGUGCAGGCGCAGGUGAAGUGCUGCGGCUGGGUCAGCUUCUACAACUGGACGGACAACGCGGCACUCAUGAAUCACAGCGAGGUCGUCUACCCCUGCUCCUGUAAGAACAGAAGCGAUGAGGACAUCAGUUUCUAUGAUGUAAGAGGCUUCUGCAGCGUCCUGAACGCCACCCAGGACGGCAACAACCCCGAGAAAUGGCCGGUGUACAAGGAGGGCUGCAGGGAGAAGGUGCAGGUGUGGCUGCAGGAGAACCUGGGCAUGAUCCUGGGCGUGUGCGUGGGCGUCGCUGCCGUCGAGCUCCUGGGCAUGCUCCUGUCCAUCUGCCUGUGCCGGCACAUCCGCUCCGAAGACUACAGCAAGGUCCCCAAGUACUGAGGGGCCACUGCCCCACCUCCCUGCCCCAUCUCCAGCCUGAUGCCCCCCGGGGGCUCCCUGGCUCCUCCCGCGCCCCUCCCCUCGCCGAGCUGGCUGGAAGUGGGGGCCUUCUGGGGCUCGCAUCUCUCUCCCUGCCUUUUUGCCGCUGGCACUGAGCCCCGCUCGCUGCCCACCGGCCAGGGGACUCCCAAUGGCUCCGAGGAUCACUGCCCACAUCGUCCUGCCUGGGCAGCCGCGUGUGUAGUUUACAGGGGCAAGCGCGUUGAACUGGGGGAGGGCUGCAUGAGGCGCCAGAGCCACUGGGCCACGCCGAGUGAGGGCAGGACCAUGUGAGCCCUGAGUGGGGACGGGGCCUGCCUGCUGGGAACACGGGAGCCCUCGGGGCACAGCAGACUGGCCCUGCGUCCUGCAGAAGCCGAGGAGAGGCCGGGCCAGCCGGCUUGGCAGCUGCCCCUGUCCCCUGUCCCCUGCCCCCCCACCCCCAGCAGCGGGUGCUGAGCCUGCACCUCGUGGGGGCGGCGGGUCUCCGUGUGCUCGGUCCUGUACAACAAACCGCAGGCUCUGGGACUAUUAAAGUGGGUUUGUAACAAUCCUG